AUGCACAAAUGGAUACUGACAUGGAUCCUGCCAAUUUUGCUCUACAGAUCAUACUUUUACAUUAUCUUUCUAAUGGGCACUAUAUCUUUAGCUUGCAAUGACAUGACUCCAGAGCAAAUGGCUACAAAUGUGAACUGUUCCAGCCCUGAGCGACAUACCAGAAGCUAUGAUUAUAUGGAAGGGGGGGAUGUAAGAGUGAGAAGACUUUUCUGUCGAACUCAGUGGUAUAUGAGGAUUGAUAAGCGAGGGAAAGUAAAAGGGACAAGAGAAGCAAACAACAACUACAGUAUCCUAGAAAUCCGAACAGUGGCAGUUGGAAUAGUGGCAAUCAAAGGAGUGGAAAGUGAAUACUUCCUGGCAAUGAACAAGUCAGGAAGACUCUAUGGAAAGAAGGUAUGCAAUGAAGACUGCAACUUCAUAGAACUAAUUGAAGAAAACCAUUAUAAUACAUAUGCUUCUGCAAAAUGGACGCACAAAGGAAAGGAGAUGUUUAUUACAUUAAACCACAAAGGGGUCCCCAUGAAAGGUAAAAAAACAAAGAAAGAACACAGAGCAUCCCACUUUCUUCCUCUGGCAAUAUCCUAA